UUCGAAUAUCUGAAAAAUAAUGAAAGAAAACAAGAAGCAGAACAUUAAUAAGUCGCGUUAUCUUAAUCAAUGAAAGAUCAUCAAUUAGACUUGUUAACACUUUCUCUUUCUCUCUCUCUCUUUGAUCACUCGCUCACUUGAGGAUAAACUGGUGAUGAGAAAUAAUCAUAAUCUAAACCAUAACAUACGAAUUACUUGAUCAUGAGACGUUUACAUUAGUUGUUAUUUGUUUGGGGAGUGAACAUCAACCUUGCAUUGGUACAUGCUCAUAGAACACAGGUAAAAACGUGACCAGCAUUUCCUUUUCCUUUUUCAUGUGAGAACAGUUAAAAUUAUUAUGUGUUAAUGUUUAAUCUACUUUACUUUAAGUGUUACUAUUAAUAUUAAUAAUUGAAUCAGCCUAAUUAAUUCAUCUCUAAUCAUCUACACCUUAAUAUCAUGAAUAACAAAUCAAUCAACCCAAAGAAGAAGAACAAUCAACAAAACGAAAAAACUAAACCUGAUGAAAAAUGGAUUAUUUUCUGGACAACAAUUAAGGGAAUCAAAAAUAUCCCAGAACAUUAUAAAAAACUGAAUUUUGAGCAACAAACUGAAUUUAAAGAAAAUCUAUCAACCCUAAUCAAUAACAACGAUUUAAGGAAAAGUCUAUCUAUUGGAGACACAAGACUUAAAAAUAUAAAAAUCAUGGAAAAUGAAAUCAAUCAAAUCAAUUUUGACCCCAUCAACUGGAACAAAUCAACCAAUGAUCAAACCAAUUGGCUACAAAGCUCAACAGAUAAUAUUAAUAAUAAUAAUAAUAUUGACAAUCAACUCAACCAAAUUCAGACAAAUGACUUAUACAAUCCAAUAAUCAAUAAUGAUGAAAUCAACAUUGAACAAAUCACCAUUGAGGAAUAUUUACUAAAUAAUCAACAAAUCGACAACAAUGUAAACCCAUCGACAAUCCAAGAAAAUCCAACUACUGACGAUAAUCAAUCAGAUCAACAUUAUCUACCUGAUUUCCUAGAAAUUGCAGAUCAAUUUACAAAUGGUGAAUUAGUAAUAACCCAACCGAUGAAAAAAAGGAAAAAUGAUGAAUUAGUAUUUAAUAAUAAUAUUAAGAAACAAAAAACAGUCAAUGAUAAAUGGAUAAAAUGGAACAACAAAAUGAUGGAUCCAACGGUAUUUAUCAAUCAUAAAGAAAUCAAUGGUGAAAAACUGAUGGAAGAAAUUAAUCAACUACGAAAAGAUGGACAAAUUAACUUCCAACUAUUCAAAGGAAUCUAUCAUCAUGGUAAUGGAAUAAAAAUGAUUUGUUUCAAUGAAACAGAUCUACAAACAAAUAUCCAACAAAUACAAAGCCACUUCCCCAAGAUUAUUAUUGAUAUCAAAAGGCCGAAAUCGCCAAAAAUCAAAAUGUUUAACUUUCCAUCAACAAUCAACAAUGAAGAUUACAUUCUGGAUGAAAUAAUCAAAUAUAACAAAGAUAUGACCAAGGAUAACACACAAAUUAUUAAUAUUAAUAAUUAUGGUAAACGGAUGGAUAUUACAUUACAAAUAUCACCGGGAAUCAGAUCAAACAUUCAAGAAAACAAUGGUUAUGUAAAUUUGGCGACAAAGUCGAUGAAGGUAAUUGAUCAUUUUGAUUUAAUCUUAUGCCAUCGAUGUUUGUCAAUAAAUAAACAUAAAACUGGCAAAUGUAAUAAUCAACACAUUUGCAAAAUUUGCGCUGGAUAUCAUAAAGUGUGUUCAAAAGAAGAUAAAGUAAUCAAAUGUGGUACCUGUGGUAAACACGGGCACAAACCUUUCACGUUUGAAUGUGAAGAUUACUCUAAAAAAGUACAAAUUGAGACAAAUAAGACAAAUUAUAAUUACGAAUUUAUCAUGGUUUAA